ACAAAUCAGCAUAAAAGUGAACAAAAAAGUGAAAAGUAAGAGAAAGAGUGAGUGUUUUUGAAAAUGCUGCAGUGAACCUUAAAAAAUACAAAUAAAAAUUAAAAACAGCAACAAUUAAUAUCUACAGCUAAUAACAACACAAGUGUUGUUGUCCCAUGUAUUUGUUGAUGCCAUGCAAUUGAUUGUUGACAAAAUUCCCAUGUAUUCCAAACAAACAACGAAGCGCAAUUCCAAAAAGAAAAAUGAUGAAAUGAACCAGCAGGCGGGCUCCUCAAGGGCGCCAGCCACAGGGGGCCAAAUCUCACCGCCAGGUGCCACAACAGCCGGCGUUGAUCCACAGCAGCAGCAACAGCAGCAGCAGCAGCAGCAACAGUUGCAGCAACAGCAGUACUACAAUCAGCAGCAGCAGCAGCAACAUCAAUACCAGCAGCAACAUCAGCGUGACAAUUUCCUGGCCUACCAACAGCAGCAGCAGCAGCAGCAACAGCAGCAGCAAAGGACAGGAGGCGGUGGUGCUAACUUUAUGCUGGGCAAUGACCUUGUCGGCGGCGACAGCCUGCGCAGCCUAAACAAUACCUUUGGACCCAAUUCGGAAUUUACAGCCGGUAGCUCCACAUCAAGCUCAUCGCUUGGCGGCCUUAACGGCGGCAGCACCAACGGUCAGGGAUAUCCGGGCAUGGUGGCUGCCAGUCAGCAGCAUCACCAGCAGCAGCAGCAGCAUCAGCAGCAACACCACCAACAGCAACAGCACCACCAGCAGCAGCAGUCACACAUGUCCAGCAUGGAUGCCAUGGGUGGUUACAGUCAGAUGGGUGGCGGCAUGCAUCCUGGCCCCAAUAGCGGCAUGAUGGGCAACAUGAAUGCUCAGUACAUGAAUGGCGGUUCCGGCCAAGGUGGCUAUAGUGCUGGCCAAGGCAUGGGCAUGGGCUAUGGGGGUGGCGGCAACAUCGGACCCCAGAGGCAUCAUCAAAUGACGCCCAUGAAUCAAAUGCAAAACAUGUCAAUGGGACCCGGUGUUGGUGCCUCCAAUGGCAUGGGCAUGAAUCCCAUGCAACAGCAGGCGGCACAGCAGCAGAUGGGCGCCAUGAAUCCCAUGGCCAAGAUGCAGGGCAUGGCCAAUGGUGGCUAUCCACAGCAGGCACCUCCCUCGCUCACAGCCCAGCAACAGCAGCAGCAGCAGCAGCAACAGCAGCAGCAACGUCGCAUGGCUCCGUAUCCGCAUCCGCAGAUGCACAUGGCCCAGAAGCGGGCAGCAGCGGCGGCAGCGGGCGGAGCAGGUGGCGUGGGCGUGGGCGUGGGUGGCAUGUAUCCGGGCAAUCCCAUGCAGCAGCAGCAGCAGGCGCAAAUGUAUGGCAAUCAGCAGAUGCAUCCUGGAGCCGGUGGCGGUGUCCCCCUGCCCAUGCAGGCGGGUGGAGCUGGCAACGGUUAUGGCGGACGCGGCGGACCCAUGGGCGCCGGCAAUGGCGGCUAUGGCCGCAUGUCGGCCGGCAAUGGAAUGGGUCCAAAUGGUGGUCCCGUCAUGGGACCCAUGGGUCCCGGUGGCAUGACAGGCGGUGGCAUGGGUCCCGGUCCCGCUGGCUGCAUGAGCCAGCAGCGCUUUAUGCCUCAGGCAUCCGGCGGAGGUGGCGGUAUGCCCGGUGUGGGAUACGGCGGUGCCGGCGGACCUGGUUCCCACCAGGGUCAGUUCUAUCCGGGCAGCGGAGGUCAGGGUGCUGGCAUGCAGCAGGGAGGUGGCAUGUGCCCGGCGGGUCCGGGCGGUGUGGCCACCACCGGCAAUCCCUACCAGAAUCAAGGUUUCCAGCAAAACUAUCAGCACAGUCCAGUUCCUGGCAAUCCGACGCCACCGCUGACACCCGCCUGCAGUGUGCCCUAUGUCAGCCCCAAUCCGGACAUUAAGCCACCCAUGGACAACAGCGAAGAAAUGAGACUGACAUUCCCGGUGCGCGACGGCAUCAUCCUGGCUCCGUUCCGCCUGCUGCACAAUCUCUCGGUCAGCAAUCAUGUGUUCCAUCUCAAGCAGAAUGUCUACAACACGCUCAUGUGCCGAACCGAUUUGGAGCUGCAGCUGAAGUGCUUCCACCAGGAUGACCGGCAGAUGAACACCAACUGGCCGCAUACGGUCACCGUCUCCGCGAAUGCCACUCUGAACAUCGAGCGGUCCGAGAAGAAUAGUACCGCCCUGCGUCCGCUUUACUUGAAGGCCGUUUGCCAGCCGGGAAGGAAUACGCUUCAGCUGACCGCCAGUUCCUGCUGUUGUUCACACCUGUUCGUGCUGCAGCUAGUCCAUCGACCAUCGGUGCGCCAGGUGCUGCAGACGUUGCACAAGCGUAAUCUGUUGCCGCUGGAGCACAGCGUGCAGAAGAUUAAACGCAACCUGAGCUUGCCCAGUGAGGGACAGACACCGGGAUCGGAUGCGGCGAACCAGCAAAACGGGGGGCAACAGUGCGCCAAGAUCUCAUUGAAGUGCCCCAUCACCAAGUCUCGAAUACGACUACCGGCCAGGGGACAUGAGUGCAAGCACGUCCAGUGCUUCGACCUGGAGGCAUAUCUGAUGAUCAACAGCGAGCGCGGCUCGUGGCGGUGUCCCGAGUGCAGCAAGUCGGCCAUUACAGAUACGCUGGAGAUCGAUCAGUAUAUCUGGGCCAUACUCAAUACGCUGAGCAACUCGGAUGUGGAUGAGGUGAUCAUCGAUUCCUCGGCCAAUUGGCGAGCGUUGCAGCAUAAUGGCGGCAUGCCAAAUGCACCGCCACCCUCGAAUGUUCCUAGCAGCAAUCCCAGCGGCAGCAAUCCAAAUGCCAACGGAAGCGGAGGACCCAGCUCCGGUAUGCCGCCCAGCAUUAAGCAGGAACUGUGCGAUGAUAUUGCCAAGUCGGAGGUCAUGUCGCCGGGCUCCACGCAGCUGCCCACCUGGGACAGUGCGCAGGCGAUGAGUCCCUACAACAUGCACGACAUGAACUCCAUUGCCAGUGGCAAUAUGAUGGGCAACGGUGGCAACAAUAGCCAGCAUGGCAAUCGCAGCAGCUAUGAUGGCUUUAGUGGCAACCACAGUGAUGGCAGCGGUGGCUUGGCCGGCAGCGAUGGCGGCGUCAAUUCCCUGGAUCAACUGAAUGCCAUGGAGAAGUCGCUGAGCGAUCAGAUGCCCCACACGCCGCACACUCCUGGUGCAGCCAGCCAUCCAAUGACACCCGGCGGACCGCCCAGUGUCAGUAGCUCCCACAAUGAACCCAUCAGGGGCACGCCCAAUGCCAACGGCAGCAGCAAUGGCAGCGUCAAUGGUGGCAGCAAUAAUAAUAAUAAUAACAACAACAAUAGCAGCAGCACAGGCCACAAUUCGCCACAGACACCCGGCACGCCCAAUCGCAUGGGAGGCAGCAUGUCAAGCGGAGGAGGAGGAGCAGCAGAUAGCCAGCAGCAGCAGCAGGAGCAGCUCCUCAACUCGCUGAUGAGCAGCCAAACGCAGCUAAAGUUUAGUGAAAGUGAUCUGAGCGCCGAAUUGCAGAGUUUCGAUGCAGCGGCAGCGGGUAUUAAUGAUACGGCGCACGAUCUGAAUCUGCUGCAGGAUGUGGAUCCUAUGGAAUUCCUAUCCUAUCUGGAUCCCCAGCCAGAUCUUAAUACGCCACCCUCAAGUGGCAGUAGCAACAACAAUGCCAGCGACGACUUGUUGGCCACGUUAUUUGACUAA